UCGGGUGUAGAAAGAAGGGACGCAGACCCAGUUGGGACCGCAGAAAGGAAGGAUCGAGAAAUUGUUCAGGCGGUAGCAAGAAGGGAGGGGUCCCAGUUCGGGAGCGAGAUAGGAAGUGGUAGGACUCCGUCCAUGCUGGAGAAAGGGAGCAGGACCUGGUUCGCGCUGCAGAAAGAUCGGGACCCAGAGAAAGGAGGGGACAAUAUCCUUGUGGAGCAGCUAAAAGGGCCAGGCUCAGGAAGGAGAAGAGGUGCUAGGACCCGGCUGAUUAUGGUUUGCAAAGGGAAGAGACGGCACUUGGUAGGGUUCCAGAACAAGGAAUACACAGGCUCAGCUGUUAUUCGGUCUCCCGGAAAGAUGGAUAGGAGAAAUGAGUAUGGUUAUAGAAUGUCCCCAUUCCAGGGCCCUCUGCCUCCCCCUGGGAGCCUGGGGCUUCCCUUUCCUCCAGAUGUACAGACUGAGACCACAGAAGAGGACAGUGUCUUGCUGAUGCAUACUUUGUUGGCGGCAACCAAGGACCCCCUGGCUAUGGACUCACCAGUUGCCAACCGACCUAAGAAAAGCAAGACCAAGAAGACCCCUAUUAAAGUUGUUACUAAGGUCACACCUCCAGUCCCAUCUGCCAAUGAGAUUGCCACCCACAAACCCAAAAUAACUUUGCAGGCUUUAAACCUGCCAAUCAUCACCCAGAUCAGCCAGGAUUCAGCUACCACUGAGGCAGCCAAUAUUCAGGGUCCUUUAGUCAGUGUUCAACCUAAGAAAGCCAACAAGACAAAGAGAGUUACUGUCAAGGCAGCCCAAAGUUCUCAGUCCUCAGUUGGCAGUGAGGCUGUGACCACACAGCUCAAGUCACCCAUACAGGCCCUAAGUCUACCAGUUGUCUCACAAAGUAUCCAGGCUCCAAUAGCCAGUGACUCAGCCAAUUCCCUGAACUUGAUAGCCUCUACCAAGCCUAAGAAAGCAUCCAAAGCUAAAAAGGCUGCCAACAAGGCCAUGACUAGUGCCACUGAGAUCUCACAGGCUCUAACUGCCACCCAUACGGCUACCACCCAAGGCCAGAUUAUCAGUGAGACAACUAAUAUCCAUGCCACAGCAACCUCCAUCCGAGCCAAGAAAGCCCCCAAAGCUAAGAAGACAACUUCGAAGGCCACAAAUACUGAACUUGAGCAUGUGGAGGCUCCACAUAUCACUGAGGCAGCAACCAGGCAGACUGAGACCUCAGCAGCAGCUAUCCGGCCCAAAAAAGCCAAAAGCAAGAAGGCUGCCAAUAAGGGCUUAAAUUCUGCUGGUGAGAUCUCUGAGGCCCAGCCUACUACUCAUAUGGUCACAAACCAAACCUUAGCAGCCACCCUUCGAGUCAAGAGAGGGUCUAGGACUCGGAAGGCAGCUGCUAAGGGUCGGGCACUUGAAAGCCAGACUCCGAUUGCUGACCAAGGGACCCAAGCCAAGACAGCCACCUCUCAGACCAGCAUGAGUGCCCUUGAGACUCAGAUUGCUGCUGCUGUCCAGGCCCUGGCAGAUGACUACCUGGCUCAGUUGAGUCUGGAGCCCACAGCCAGGACCCGAGGCAAGAGGAACCGAAAGGCCAAGCAUCCAAAUGGGGAUGAGAGAAGCAGCAGUAAUUACAGGCGGAUCCCAUGGGGCCGGAGACCUUCACCUCCCAGAGAUGUGGCCAUCUUGCAAGAAAGGGCAAAUAAGUUGGUGAAAUACCUAUUGGUUAAAGACCAGACGAAGAUCCCCAUAAAGCGCUCAGACAUGCUGAAGGAUGUCAUCCAAGAAUAUGAUGAAUAUUUCCCAGAGAUCAUUGAACGGGCAAGCUACGCUCUGGAGAAGAUGUUUCGAGUCAAUCUGAAGGAAAUUGAUAAGCAGAGUAGCUUGUAUAUUCUCAUCAGCACUCAGGAAUCGUCUGCAGGCAUAUUGGGAACGACCAAGGAUACACCUAAGCUGGGUCUUCUUAUGGUGAUUCUGAGUGUCAUUUUUAUGAAUGGCAACAAGGCCAGUGAGGCUGUCAUCUGGGAGGUGCUGCGCAAGUUGGGGCUGCGCCCUGGGGUGAGGCAUUCGCUUUUUGGGGAAGUGAGGAAGCUCAUCACAGACGAGUUUGUGAAGCAGAAGUACCUGGAGUACAAGAGAGUCCCCAACAGCAGACCACCUGAGUAUGAGUUCUUCUGGGGUUUGCGGUCCUACCAUGAGACUAGCAAGAUGAAAGUCCUCAAGUUUGCAUGCAAGGUACAGAAGAAAGAUCCCAAGGACUGGGCUGCUCAGUAUCGGGAGGCGGUAGAGAUGGAAGUCCAAGCUGCAGCUGUGGCUGUGGCUGAGGCUGAGGCCAGGGCUGAGGCAAGAGCGCAAAUGGGGAUUGGAGAGGAAGCUGUGGCUGGGCCCUGGAAUUGGGAUGACAUGGAUAUUGACUGCCUAACCAGGGAAGAGUUAGGCGAUGAUGCUCAGGCCUGGAGCAGAUUUUCAUUUGAAAUUGAGGCCAGAUCCCAAGAAAAUACAGAUGCCAACACCAACAUCGACUUCAGCAGAGGAGCUAGCACCAGGUCUAGUUUCAGUGAUGGUGCUAGUGUUAGCUUCAGUGGUGCACCCAGUCCCAGUGGUGGUUUCAGUGGCGGAGCUGGCAUUACCUUCGGUGGUGCACCCUGCACCAGUGCCAGCUUCAGCAGUGCAGCCAGCAUUAGCUUUGGUAGCAUACCCAGCACUAGCAAUACUUUCACUGGUGGAGCCAGUAUUAGCUUUGGUGGUGCACCCAGCACCAGUGCCAGUUUCAGCAGUGCAGCCAGCAUUAGCUUUGGUGGUGCACCCAGCACUAUCACUAGUUUCAGUGGCGGAGCCAGUAUUAGCUUUGGUGGGGCACCCAGCACUAGCACUAGUUUUAGCAGCACAGCCAGCAUUAGCUUUGGUGGUGCACCCAGCACUAGUACUAGUUUCAGUGGUGGAGCCAGCAUUAGUUUUGGUGGUACACCUUGUACCAGUGCCAGCUUCAAUAGUGGAGCCAGCUCUGGCUUUGGAAGCACACUCAGUACCACCGCUGGCUUUGGUGGUGCACUUACCACCAGCACCAGCUUCAGCAGUGCGCCCGCCACGAGCACGGUCUUCAGUGAGGCACUUACCACCAGCACUGGUUUUGGAGGUACACUUAGCACCAGUGUGUGCUUUGGUGGUUCUCCCAGUUCUGGUGCCAGCUUUGGUGGCACACUCAGUACCAGUAUCUGCUUUGGUGGCUCUCCUACCGCUAGCACUGGUUUUGGUGGUACACUCAGCACCAGUGUCUCCUUUGGUGGCUGUUCCAGCACCAGUGCUGACUUUGGCGGUACAUUAAGCACGAGUGUCUGCUUUGGUGGCUCUCCUGGCACCAACGUGAGCUUUGGUGGUGCACUCAGCAGUGCAAGCUUUGGCGGUGCACUCAACAGCAGUGCCAGCUGUGAUGGUGCACUCAACACAAGUGCCAGUGCCAGUUUUGGUGGUACCGUCAGCACCAGUGCAGGCUUUGGCAGUGCACUCAACCCAAAUACCAGUUUUGGUGGAGUACUGAACAGCACUACUGGCUUUGAUGGUGCACUCAACACGAGUGCCAGUUUUGGUGGUGCUGUCAGCACCAGUGCCAGCUUUGGUGGCACACUCAACACCAGUGCUGGCUUUGGCAGUGCACUCAACAACAGUGCUGGUUUUGUUGGUGCCGUAAGUACCAGUGCCGGCUUUGGUGGUACACUCAGCAGUGCUGGCUUUGGCAAUGCACUCAACACGAGUGCUGGUUUUGGUGGUGCCGUAAGUACCAGUGCCGGCUUUGGUGGUGCACUCAAUACCAGUGCCGGUUUUGGCAGUGCCAUCAGUACCAGUGCUAGCUUCAGUGGUACACCCAGCACCAAUCCCGGCUUUGGCGGUGCAUUCAGCAGCAGUGCUGGCUUCAGUGGGGCACUUAGUACCACUACUGACUUUGGUGGUAGUCCCAGCAACAGUAUUGGCUUUGGCGGUGCUCCCAGCACCAGCAUCAGCUUUGGCGGUGCUCAUAGCACUAGCCUCUGUUUUGGUGCUCCCAGCACCAGCCUCUGCUUUGGCAGUGCAUCUAAUACCAAUCUAUGCUUUGGUGGCCCUCCUAGCACCAGUGCCUGCUUUAGUGGUGUUACCAGUGCCAGUUUUAGUGAUGGACCCAGCAACAGUGCUGGUUUCAGCUUUGGCAGUGGGCUAAGCACCAGUGCUGGAUUUGGUGGACUGAGCACCAGUGCUGGCUUUGGUGGCAGCCUGGGCACCAGUGCUGGCUUUAGUGGUGGCUUAGGCACCAGUACUGGCUUCGAUGGCAGCCUAGGCACUGCUGCUGGCUUCAGUGGUGGACUAAGCACCAGCUCUGGCUUCAGUGGCGGACUAGGCACCAGCACUGGCUUCGGUGGCGGACUAGGCACCAGUGCUGGCUUCGGUGGCGGACUAGGCACCAGCGCUGGCUUCAGUGGCGGACUAGGCACCAGUGCUGGCUUUGGUGGCGGACUGGUCACCAGCGAUGGCUUUGGUGGUGGACUAGGCACCAAUGCUGGUUUUGGCAGCACACUUGGCACCAGUGCUGGCUUUAGUGGUGGCCUCAGCACCAGCGAUGGCUUUGGCGGUGGGCCUAAUGCCAGCUUCGACAGAGGACUGAGUACCAUCAUUGGCUUUGGCAGUGGUUCCAACACCAGCACUGGCUUUACUGGCGAACCCAGCACGAGUGCCGGCUUCAGUAGUGGACCCAGUUCUAUUAUUGGCUUCAGCGGUGGACCAGGCACUGGUGCUGGCUUCUGCAGUGGACAAGGCACCAGUGGUUUUGGCGGUGGACCGAGCACCAGAGCUGGCUUCAGCGGACUGAGCACCGGAGCUGGUUUCGGCAGUGGACCGAAUAGUGCUGGCUUCGGCGGCGGACCAAGCACUGGUCCUGGAUUCAGCGGUGGACCAAGCACUGAUGCUGGCUUUGGUGGUGGAGCCACCAGCCUUGGUGCCUGUGGCUUCUCCUAUGGCUAGUGAGAUUUCAGGUUUAUCCCCCAUGUUUACAGAAACCGCUCAUGAACUGCAGCAGUCCUUUCCAUGGAGCUAAGUGAUAGCUUUGGAAUCUUUGUCCACACAGCGAUCUAAACAGCUAUUACCAAUCAGCUGAGGGUGACACACUAUGAAAAACCUAUUUGCUGUUCCCGCUUUAUUGUUUGCUUUCUGUGUGCUGUCAUAUUUUGGUAUCAGAGUGACAUUAAAUUUGCAAAAUUAA